GUCUGAGGGAUCGUGCAGGGGAGCCGGUAGGUCCAUCGUGGAAGGAGUGGACACGGGGCCAUGGGAAGCAGGAAGAAGCUCACUUUGGAGGAAAUGCUGUCUUUCAGGGAUGUGGCCAUUGAUUUCUCUGCAGAGGAGUGUGAAUGGCUGGGCCCUGAUCAGUGGACUUUGUACAGGGAUGUGAUGUUGGAGAAUUUCAGCAACCUUGUGUUCCUGGGACUUGCUUCCUCUAAGCCAUACCUGGUCACAUUUCUGGAGCAAAGACAAGGACCUUCAGACAUGAAGAGACUAGGAGCAGCUGCCAUGCAAACAGGAAAAAAACACAAUACAGGCAAAGAAUGUGGUAAAACUUUUCCUUGGAACUCACCUAUUAGCCACCAGAAAAUUAAUUUAAGAAUGAAGCCAUAUUAUAAGUGUGAAGAAUGUGGUAAGGCCUUCCAUACUCCAUCAUUACUUUGUUUACACAAGAGAAUUCAUGCAGGAGAGAAACCCUUCAAAUAUGGUGUGUGUGGCAAAUCAUUCAGAAGUCCAUCAGUAUUUUCUGGACACAAGAAAAUUCAUAUAGGAGAGAAACAAAACAAGUAUGAAGUUUUUGACAAGGCCUUCUAUGUCCCACCACUGCUUUCUGUAAACAAGAGAAUUCAUACUGGAGAGAAUCCCUACACAUGUGAAGUAUGUGGCAAGGCCUUCUACAAUCCAUCACAAUGUUCUGAACACAAGCAAAUUCAUACAGGAGUGAAACUCUACAGUUGUGAAGUGUGUGGAAAGGCCUUCAAUCGUCCAUCACGACUUUCUUUACACAUGAAGAUUCAUACAGGAGAGAAACCCUACCAGUGUGAAGUAUGUGGCAAGGCCUUCUAUGUUCCAUCACGACUUUCUAAACACAAAAGGAUUCAUACAGGAGAGAAACCCUAUGAGUGUGAAGUGUGUGGCAAGGCCUUCAUUUGUUCAUCAGUACUGUCAGUACAUAAGAGGGUUCAUACGGGAGAAAAACUGUACAAGUGUGAAGUAUGUAGCAAGGCUUUCCAUGCUUCAUCACUACUUUCUAAACACAGAUUGAUUCAUACAGGAGAAAAGCCCUACCAGUGUGAAGUAUGCGGCAAAGCCUUCACAUAUCCAUCAUUACUAUCUCUACACAAGAGCUGUCAUACAGAAGAUAAACCCUACAAGUGUGAAGUAUGUGGCAAAGCCUACAAUAGACCUUCAACACUCUCUGUACACAAGAGGGUUCACACUGGACAGAAACUCUACCUGUGUGAAGUAUGUGGCAAGGCCUUCCAUGUUCCAUCACAAGUUUCUGUACACAAAAGGAUUCAUUCAGGGGAGAAACACUACAAGUGUGAAGUGUGUGGAAAAUCCUACAAUAGUCCAUCAGGACUUUAUAUACACAAGAGGAGCCAUACAGGAGAGAAACCCUAUAAGUGUGAGACAUGUGGCAAAGGCUACAAUAGUCCAUCUGGAAUUUCUGUACACAAGAAGAUUCAUACUGGACAGAAACCCUGCAAAUGUGAAGUAUGUGGCAAGGCCUUCUAUGUCCCAUCACAACUUUCUGAACACAGGAGAAUUCAUACAGGUGAGAAUCCCUACAAAUGUGAGGUAUGUGGAAAGGCCUUCAAUCGGCCAUCACGACUUUCUUUACACAAGAGGAUUCAUUCAGGAGAGAAACCCUUCAAGUGUGAAGUAUGUGGCAAAUCCUACAGUAGUCCAUCAGGACUUUAUUCACAUAAGAAGAUUCAUACAGGAGAGAAACCGUAGAAUUGGGAAGUUUGUGUCAAGGUUCUAUUGCUGGAUCAUUACUUAAAGUACAUGAGAGAAUUUAUACAGGUGAGAAACCAUACAGGUAUGUGGCAAGGACGUCUAUGUUCCAUCAUGAGUUUCUGUACACAAGAGCAUUCAUACAGGAGAGAAACCCUACAAGUGUUAAAUAUGUGGCAAUGUCUUUAAAACUUCAUGGAUUCUUUCUCAUUUACUAAUCCAUUCUGGAAAGAAACCCUACUGUGAAGAAUGUGAAAAAGCCCUGUGUGAAAAGUCAUCUUAACUCAGCACAAAUUAUCUCACACUUGGGAGAAAACUAUAAGUGCAAGGAAUGUGGCAAAGACUUUAGAACUUUAGAAACACACGUUCUCAACUCCGGGCUUUUCAUAUUGGAGAGAAACGUUAAGAGUGUGAAGAAUGGCAAGGUAUUUCAUAAGUCUUAUGGUCUUAAACAACUUCAAAGAAUUCAUUUGUGAAAGAAACUCUGAAGAAUAUGCCAAGAUAUUUUGUACUUACUAAGAAGUCUUAAACUUCUUAAAACUUAAAACUCUAAAAGAUAUCAAACUAUAUUCCAGAUAAAAACCCUUCAAUUAGGUGAGAUAUCCUAAUGCUAAGUGGAAAAUCUGGGAAACAGAGAUAGAAAGAAGUAGGUAGUGUGUAGGAGAAACCAUGUAAGUUCCAAAAGGAAAAGAUGCCAGAAUAUUGCCAUUAAGUCACAGCCUCGUGAUGAUACAUAGAUGAAUAGAAAUGGGCUAAUUUAAGAUGUAAGAGCUAGCUAGGAUUAUGAGCCGUUGGCCAAACAUGCUGUAAUUAGUAUAGUUUCUCUGUGAUUAUUCAUGCCUGGGUGUCCGGGAAGUGAAAGCACAGUCUCUGUUUACAUACCUAACUCAGGAUGAAAUAACUCACACUGGGGAAAAGCCUUACAAAUAUCUAGAAUGGCAAACCUCUCAACUGUACCUGAAACCUUAAGGAACAUCAAAGAAUUCAAUCUGGAGAGAAACCCUACAAGUCUAAAGAGUGUGGCAAAGACUUUAGCACUUACACAUAACAUUCUCAACAGCAGACUAUUCUUAUUGGAGAGGAAGAUUAUGACUCUGGAGAAUGAUAAGGUCUUUCACCAGUCUUCUGGAUUUAAACAACAUCUAACAAGUCAUUUGUGAGAGAAGCCUUGUGAAUUGUGUGCCAAGGCAUUUUCCACUUUUGAAGAAAUUCUGAAACAGCUGUUAAUUCAUAUAGGAGAGAAAUGGUACUAGUGUCAAAAAAUUUUAAAACUGUUUCAUAAGCUUUUAGUGUUCCUCAAGACAUGUUCGUUCAAAGUUCAGUGGAAUAAUGCAAAAUUUUAAAAUAUUCGUAAAUUAUUUUAUACUUCUUUAGAUCCUAAAUAUCAGAUAUCAAAAAAAUAAUCUGGAUCAAAACCCUACAACUAGGGUGAAUGUGAUAAUGCCUUUGGAGUCAUUCAGACCUUAUCCAAGACAAAGGAAUCCAUACUACAAGGAAGCCAUAUGCUUGUCAAAAAUACAGUGACAUAUGUUACCAUUCAACCAACAUGGCCUCCUUAGUAUCUAUCCCAGAUGGACACAACACAGCAGUGAAUGGUGAACCAGUGCUUUUAAGAACUCCUCAUACCUUCAACCAGUGAUCUCAACCUUCCUAAUGCUGACAUCCUUUGAUACAGUUGUGGUAUCCCCAACCGUAAAAUUGUUUUCUUUUCUACAUCUUAACCUAACAGUUUGCAAUUGUUAUGAAUCAUGGUGUAAAUAUCUUUGAAUAUGAUUGUGUUAGGGCACCCCUGUGAGAAGGUCUUUUGACCCACAAACGAUUCGUUACCCACAGGAUGAGGACUGCUACCAUAAACAAAAGUUCAUACUAAGGAACACCCCUAGAAUUUGAGGAAUACUGAGAAGACUUUUUUAUCAUUCAGUCCUUGAAUUCCGCAUUGCGGAAGCCACACAUGAGAGAGUGUCUGCGAUUGUAGACUGUGCUCAGGAGUUUAGCUAUUCUCAUGCCUGUGUGCGCAACACCCUGGUAAAGGCCACUACAAAUACUAAGACAAUAGCAAGACUUUCACCUGACUUUCUUUUCAGAAGUAUCCUCUGAGACUUCAUACUAGCAAGAAAAGCUGUAAGCGCAAACAAUGCAGACAAACCUCCAGUAAUAUUUCUAUUCUUAAUCAGUAUGAAAGCCUAAAAUCCAAAUAAUGAGGACAUCCUUCAGUAAUAUUCGAAUCUUCACGAACACGAAAGAAUACUUAUUGAGAAGCAGUAAUGCAAAUGCUGAUGUAUUAUUUGCUUCUACUUUCAACUUCACACAGCCUUGCAUUAUGUGCUAAUCUCAGUUUUGUAGAUAACUUGAUCUGAUUGGCUCAGGGACAUAUCUGUGGGUCUUUUUGUUAGUGCUAAUUGAUGUAGAAGAAUCUAGGCCAAUGAAUGAUAGUGUACACCAUACAUGGGCUCCCUUGUCAAAGAUGUCCUGGGUUAUAAUAAUGUUGCCUGGGCUUGAGGCCUCCAGAUUUCUGCUGUGUUUUGCUAGCCCGGCUUCCUGGGAUGAUGCUGGGCUGCCUGUGAACUGAAAUGGCCCUCUUUCCCCCCUAAUUAUUUUUGGUCAUGGCAUUUAUCACCACAAUAGAAAUUGAAUGGGGUAAAGAACAUUGCAAUACUUAAGCGAGGUGGUGGUGGCGCAUGCCUUUAAUCCCUGCCCUUGGGAGGCAGAGGCAGGCGGAUCUCUGUGAGAUCGAGGUCAGCCCAGUCUACAAGAGCUAGUUCCAGGACAGGCACCAAAGCUACAGAGAAACCCUGUCUUGAAAAACCAACCAACCAAACAAAAGAAUAUUGCAAGACUUUACCAUUUCUUAUUACCUUAGUUGACAUAGAAGGCUCCAUACCGCAAAUAAUAUCACAAGGUUUUGAAGUUUCUUCAACCAUAACUCACACUCAAACUUCACUGAAAAUAAAAUGGUUGCAAAGAAUAUUACAAAGGCUUUAUUUCUUUUUCCGCAAUUUAACACCCCCCCCCCCAAAAAAAAUCCUAUCUUGGAAGUUAAGGCCUACCAGGCCUGAAGGAGCCAAGCUGCAGUCUGCCUGGUGUUGUCAGCGGUUCUGUUAAUAUAGAGCAACCAAGCAGUGUUCGCUGAGGACCUAGCAACAGGCGCUGUCCGAGGUCCUGAUUGUGCCUAGCCAGUGAGAGAUGAGCAUGAACUGUCAAGUGUCAGUGGAUCAGACCGCCUGAUUGCUGGGAGAGUUUAUAAGUUUUUCUUGUUAUUAAAUGAGUCUGCUGUAAGCCUACCUGACUCCCAGCGUCUGUCCCACCUUUUCACCACCUCCCCUAAGGAAAACCUUAGGGCUCAGCAAUAUCUGGCCCCCGGAACAGGGACUUCUAACAGGUUUUGAGCUCACCUGCUCAGAGUCCUUUUUUCAUGGUAGCUGUAAUUUUUGUAUUUGCCUGGCACAGGGUCUUGUCAUCUUCCUCUCCUCACUGGCAGUGCUGGCACAGCGCACCCAAAUGAUGUACUUUUGGUGAAAGACCCCUCGGUUCCUUCGGCGGGUGGUCCUGAUAGGUCUGCUGCCCUGUGCAGCUGACACCGCAGACCUCGCAGUACUCUAUGGAGGGCAGCUGGAGCCGGGUUGGGCUUCCGCAGCCCGGGCCUCGUGUUGGGCUUCCUCAGCCCUGGGCCACGUUGGGCUUCUGUGGCCUGUCCAGGAACCACAGCUUGUCACUGGUAAAACUGGGGUCCCAAGUCCCAUGGCCUGGUCUGCCCCAGUUGUCCAAUCCAAGCCCGCUAGAGCCUUUCAGGAGCCUGCUGCUUCUGAGGUAUCUGAAGGAACUUCAGUGGGUGAUCUGAGCUGUGGGAGCUUGGGUCUGUUCGGCAGAGAGAGGCUGAAGCUGGCUCCUGCAGUGUGUCCUCACAGCUCCUGGGACCUUUGACUCUCGACAGCUGGUAGGUGAAUGCAGCAGUGGCCACAGCUUCAUUGCUUCUGCUGUCCGUAUGUGCCCUUCCCACCUGGGGCUGAACUUUAGUUGGGUGCUGCUGGAGACACGGCCUGAGGCCAGCUGCCUUUGUCAUGUACUGGUGCUGUUAGAGGACACGGAGCCAGCUGUGCACCUGGGCAUGCACAUCUGCAGUCCGCCCACCUGGGUCCAUUGUCCAGGCACUGAAAGGGUAGAAUGGCUAAAGAAAGUGGAAAAGCACACGUGGCCCUUUAUUUGCAAUGUAUAGAGAAGCUCUUUCCAGAAACCAUAGAGCCAGCUGUGUGGGGGGCAAGUGCCCGCCUCAGCUCCUUCAGUUCACAAAAGUAACUGUGGGUCAGCAGCCCCUUACAGUCAAAGGUGUUAAGGUUUAUACAAAAACCUUCAGAUUAAUUUUGCAGGAAAUUGUGAGAUUGAUUUGGGGAUCAAAAGGUACUUUUGUAGAGCAGGAGUGAGAAGUAUUCAGAUUCAUGGGACAAUGUGGUUGAUCCUGGAGCCCUUAUUGGUGACAUGACUUCAGUUGGAUCAUUGUCCAUCGUCUUCCUGAGGAAACCACUUUUAGGGAUUAACUAGACAGGACUGACUUAUCUUCUGGAUGUCCCUGAACUGAAUGAUUUAUCAGACACUAUCAUUUUGGAUUCAAUAUCAAACUAAUUGGCAAUCAUUUGCCAAAAAGCAAGAUCUUAACAGGGCCCCCUGCACUUCAAAUAAAGAUACAGUUCCAUGCAGUCCCCUCCUCCACUCUCAACCUUUCUGUCACCCUGACUUUUUCAGAUUCCAAUAAACACUCAAAGGAUUUUGAGCCAUGAUUCCUGUCACAUACUCUAUUUCACUGCCUAAACACCUAUAUCUCUUUAAUUCUCAGAAAAAUUGGAGUCCCAAUUCAAUUAAAAAUUAAAGAUUGCUUUGGAGUUAAGAGUGUGACUCUCCUCUAAAUCCAAGCAUGUUGCUAGAAGAAAAAUUUAUAGUUUCUGUCUCACAUCAGAAGAGCUACCUAGUAUGGGACAGAAGAAAACCAAAAAUCUAGGGACUAUUGUUAAAACUCUGUUUUCUCCCCUUACUUAUUUUUUGAUUCUUUAGUACCUUUUUUUUCAGCUAAGGAACUUAAGUAUAUAUUGACACACUGAUAAGCAAAAUAAAUAGAUUGAUAGAAAAUAGAUAGAUAUAUAGACGAUACAUAGACUAUAGAUAGAUGCAAGGAAAAUAGAAUGAUUAACAGAUACAUAGAAAGAUAACAGAUAGUAGAUAGAUUAUAGACAGAUGAUAAAUAGAUGUGACAUGUAAACUCAAAAUAGUAUUACAUUUUAACAUAUUUAUCUUAUUUUUAAUUAUUCGUAAGUGUAUGUGUGUCUGUGAUUCUGCAUGUAUGGUCCGCCUAUUUCUCUCAAAAAUUCAGUGAUUUUUCGGGGCUCCUAGAAGAUUUCCCACAUCUCUGGCAUACCCUAUAGUCUACAGGGAGACGCCAUUGUGGAGAGGACCAACAGAGAUCUUGAGGGACUGUUGGCCAGGACUAUAACACCAGAGACUAGGAGAGAUCCUCAUCUGGCCUUAACAGAGGUCCUUUUCCAUGUGAAUUUCCUCAGUUUUGAUGACAAGGGAUUCCGCCCAGCUUAUAAGCACUGGGCAUCCCUGCCAAGGAACACAUCCUAGCCCCUAGUAAGAUGGAGUGAUCCUAUCUCCCUUCAGUGGCAACCGCCAGCCCCCUGCUAACUUGUGGGAGAGGGUAUGCUUGUGUUUUUACUCAGCAUGUCACAACGCCAAUAUGGGUUCUGGUAAGAGAUGUACGUCCAGCCAUGGAUCAGCCUGCUUUCACCAAAGAGGGAAUAACACAGGAUGGGUAAUGUAUACACUCCCCUUUCUUGUUCUCAUUGCCCCCUAACAACAUGAUUUAUUAACGGCAGAGGUUAUAGCCUUUGACUACUCAUAUAUUUUUUUUUAAAAAAGGUUGGUAUAUUAUAAAACAGCUAUUGGAUCCCUUCUGAAUGUUCAUAUAUGCAUUAAUUGGUGGGGUGGUUUUGUUAACCCUUAUUCUCCUUAAGUGUCUCAUAUAGCAGAUCUGACACCAGUAGACAGCACCUAAGGAAACUCUUCAGGUGUUAAUGACUCUUGGGCAUUCUUCUUGUAGUCCUCCACAGAAGUUUAUACAUAUCUGGUUAUUUGUAAUUCAAAAGGCUAUUAUUACAUUAUUACCUAUUACCCCCCCCCCCCUCACACACACCUUUGCAACUCUCCAGGAAUGAAUGCUCUUCAAGGGCUGUUACUCAAAGACAGGGAAGAGCUUCUUUGGUAGGUUAACCUAAGACAGGCACAGUCCAGUUGCUGAGCCCCCCUGAGGCAGGGUCAAGUCUUGAGCAGAGAACUCUGGCUUCUGCUGAGCACCCUAUGUAAUAAAUAAAAAGGGUAGAUAUGUAGGAAGUUAAGGCCUACCAGUCCAAAAAGAGCCAAUCUGGAGUCUGCCUUCAGCUGUCAAAGAUCCUGUCUGUGCCUAGUCAUUCGGGAGUGACCAAGAGGCGUUUCCUGAAUGCCUAGCAACAGGCACUGUCAGAGGUCCUGAUUGUGCCUAGCCAAUGAGAGAUGAGCAUGAAACAUCAAGUGUCAAUGGAUCAGAAUGCCUGGGUGCUGGGGAGAGUAUAUGUUUUUCCUUGCUGUUAAAUAAAUGAGUCUGCUGUAAAGCUUCUACCUGA